UGAUUGUCUCUCCAUUUUUGUAUGACAAGUAUCCCCUGUCUGUCAUCCCACAACCAGAUCUCUUGGGUGCUGGCUCUUACUACCCUCCUCUGGUCUGGGACACAGGGCUGUUCUCUAAUUUCUUCACCUCUGAAUCGGAGUACAAGAAAAGUGCAGCUUCUCCAUCCAGCCCUGACUCCAAACCCCUGGACCUGACCUCCCUGUCAAGCGAAGAGGAGGAUGGCAAGACGAGCUCUGACCCGCCCAGCCCAGCCUCAUCGGCCACAGAAGCCGAGAAAUUCCAUUGCAGCCAGUGCAGCAAGUCCUACUCAACUUUUGCAGGCCUUUCCAAGCACAGACAGUUGCAUUGUGAUUCCCAGACCAGGAAAUCUUUCAGCUGUAAAUAUUGCGAAAAGGAAUAUGUGAGCUUGGGGGCUCUCAAGAUGCACAUCCGAAGCCAUACCUUGCCCUGUGUGUGUAAAAUCUGUGGCAAGGCUUUCUCCAGGCCGUGGCUCCUGCAGGGCCACAUCAGAACGCACACUGGGGAAAAGCCAUUCUCCUGCACGCACUGUAGCCGGGCCUUUGCUGACCGCUCAAACCUCCGUGCUCAUCUGCAGACCCACUCAGAUGUUAAGAAGUAUCAGUGUAAAACUUGCUCCCGGACUUUCUCUCGCAUGUCACUUCUCCACAAACAUGAAGAAACAGGUUGCAUUGGAACCCGCUGAAUGCUCCUGCUGAACACCAUGGACUCCUCCAUGCCAAUCCAUGUAUUGUAACUAGUGUCCGUAGGAAAAUAGUUCUGCUGAGCUGUCACAAACAGCAUGUACUGAACUCUGGUUGUUUCCAGCUGCUUCAAGCCUUAAAGCAUCAUACAUAAUACUUCGCUCUUUGUCUUCAGGAGAGUUUUUAAAACCUGAUUUGCCAUUUUAUUCCAUCCCCUGGCUCCCGCAGUGGCAAUAUGCUUCUUGAUUCAAGCACAGGAAGGAUCACUGCUGCAUCAGAAAUGAUGGGUUGACAAAACAAUGUGGGAUGUUUUAAAAUGAGCUCCUAAAACCUGGUACCCUCCAGAUGUGUUGGACAAAUACCCCCAGCAUUUUUAGAAAUGGAGUUUUUGUUGUGGAAUUUGGUGUGUUACAGCCAACACUUCUGCAGGGUACCAGUAUGGGAACAGCUAUUCCAAACUGAAAUCUGGCUAAAAACAUUUUGUUGAGCUACUUCUAAAAGGGGUCAGAUACGUCCUUCUGGAAUUUGCAAGCAGAUUAUAGAGGUGCUGACGACCUCUUUCUCCCACCCCCUGCAUCUGGUACUCGGAAGUAUACUGCCACUAAACAUGGAAACUCCAUGAGGGCUUUCUUAUCUAACAGCCAUUGAGUCUUAUCCCCUGAGAAUUUUUCCUAAUCAGCUUCUUCAAAGCCAUCUAAAUUAACAGCAGUCGCUAAUGUUCCCUGUUUGCUUUACAAAUGUGAGAAUAUUCUGCAUCUUGUGCCUAGCUUGCCUGAAAAAUCACAAUCUUUCAUUUUUACUCUUAAAGAAAAUGACCAGAAUAAUAGAUUCACAGUAACUCGUGACACUGAAUUGAUAUGCCUCUAAACAAAGGGCAAAAAUCUAAGUGUUAACGCUUCCCCCGCCACCACCUCAAACUCUCCAUUGCUCCUUGUACUGUGUAUGCACCCUCCUUAGUGCAGCUAUGCAGGAAUACAGUAUUGCAUUAGUUCUGGGUCAGCAGAGGGAUAAUUCGCAAUGCUUCAAAGACGAACUAUGUCUGCAGAAGGCACUGGGUAGCCAUUCAAAGCAAGGCUCCUGUUUACAAGAGCAGCUAUGCACUCAAGCACCUGUUAAUAUGACUUCUUUUAACAACUGCUUUUUCAAAAGAACUGUGACUAAUAGCAGGCACUUGUCAGGCGAUUCAAUAGCCGCCUGGGUAGGGGAGGCUGCCCCAUUGACAGGUGUGUGCCAAAAGAGCCACUUACGGUUAUUGACAGGUGCCUCCUGAAUGCAUUUCUUUUGUACAUUGUUUCCACAUCAUAAACAUCAACAAAAAGGAUGAAAAACAAAAGGGUAUGUUUACAUUUCAAAGGUACACUGGUAUUUAUAUAUUUUUGUGCCACA